CCGGAAGUGGGGUCACUGAGAGGUAACCAGAAAUGGAGGAGAAGAUAAGCAGAGUCUAUUUUGCUUCCAAACCCAAUGUAACUCAUUUUUUACAAGUGUCUUGGGAGAAAACGCUAGGAUCUGGUUUUGUUGUUACUCUUACUGAUGGUCAGUCAGCGUGGACUGGAACAGUUUCUGAGUCUGAGAUUGGCCGAGAAGCAGAUGACAUGGCGAUGGAGAAAGAAAAAUACGUGGAUGAGCUGAGGAAAGCCCUGGUGUCGGGAGCGGGACCCGGGGAUGCAUACAAGUUUGACUUUUGCGAAAGGGAUUGUUGUUUCUCCUGCAAGAAAAACCUGAAAGAUGUUUCAUUUAGGCUUGGUUCCUUCGACUUACAGAAAGCUGAGAACCCAGCUGAGGUCAUUAGAGAACUUCUUUGUUACUGUUUGGACAGCAUUGCAGAAAACAAAGCCCAAAGUGAGCAACUACAGAGAGAAAAUGAAAGACUCCUGAGAGACUGGAAUGAUGUUGAGAGCCGAUUGGAAAAAUGUGUGCGUGCCAAGGAAGGCUUGGAGGCCGAUCUGUAUAAGCGGUUUAUUCUGGUGCUGAAUGAGAAGAAGUCCAAGAUCAGAAGCCUCCACAAGCUUCUCAAUGAAGUUCAAGAACUGGAAAAGAAUAUUGAACAUGGAAGGGAAGGUACAGCCAGUUCUGAAACCCUAGCCGCCUGUGACCCUGCCUACGAUGUGAGUACGGAUGAGGGAAGUGGAAAUGAGGCUGAGCCCUCAGUGUCGGCCCCAGCUACUUUAAGCAAAGAGGACUCCCUUAUCUGGAGCCCCGAUGUCCCGGAUGUUGCACCAAGUCGAAAGAGGAGGCAGUGGAUGCAGCAGGAUCUUGGAACAGAGGCGAAAGUGGCUCCCCUUGGAACUCAGCUUGAGGGGAAGGACAAGCUUGACACUUCAAGACCCGGGACUUUGAAGGAGGAGCACAUCUCAGCCGAGAACAUGUCUUUGGAAACUCUGAGAAACAGCAGUCCAGAAGGUCUCUUUGAUGAGAUGUAACAGUCUGAAGGAAUGCUUGAAUGCUCACUAGAUUAGAUUUUCUGUUCAUUUAUUUCAAAUGAAACAACAAAAUUACCACUCAGCAGCACCUAUCACUGCACCUUACACCUGAAUGGCAUGCGUGGGAGCUGUGUAGAGUGGUUUCCUCAUGUGUCUGAAGAGAUGAUUC